UUUCGCUUCCGCGUACUUCCCCGCCUCUUGUUGCCGUGAAAGCUACCAGGAAACACACUGCGUCGUUCACUCACACACACUCGGAGCCGGAUCACAGCACGCUGACAGCGGGGAACCUGCCGGGGACAUGGCAGCCUCUGUGUGCGCCUUCAUCCUGGCGCUUUACGCACUGCGCGGCUCCGCAGCGGGGUCAGGAGGGCUCAGCGCACCCACCAAAGUCCGACUGACAUCCUACAACAUGGACCUGGUGCUCAGGUGGGAUCCACCUGAUGGGACGACCGAUGGUCUGACCUACACGGCCGAGUACAGAAGCUCAGCAACUGGAUACAACAAUGUCUGCACAAACACGUCAGCCCUCGAAUGUGAGUUCACCUCCUCCUCGAUCACCGUGCACGGGAGUUACACGGGCAGAGUGCGGGCGCAUCGGGGGGCCGAGAAGUCCAGUUGGGUGGAGAGUAACGUCAUUGACAUGGACAGACAGACCUUCAUCGGUCCACCCAAUGUGACUCUUCAUGUCAUUGGGACAUCUUUGGAAGUCAGCAUUAAAGACCCAGUGUUCAAACAUUCAGAACUGAGGGAGACGUACACCUCAGCCACCUAUAACAUCACCUACUGGAAGAGCAGCUCGAAGGAAGAGGUAAACACAAUCAGUGACAUGAUGCAGGACCGAGUGGUUCUUAGUAACCUGGACGCGAUGAGCGAGUACUGCGUCCAAGUCCAAAUCAUCACCAACAUGAACCCCAGACCGAGCGAGUACAGCGACGUCGUCUGUGAGCGCACCGGUGACGUGGAUGCAGCUCCGUGGGUGGCGGCCGUGGUGGCGUUUGUGGUCAUGGCCGCGGUGGUGGCUCUGGUGGUGACUCUGGUGGUCUACUGGACACGAAUCUCCAAGUUCCUGUGCCCAGAAGUCGUGCUGCCACCACACUUUAAAGAGUCUCUGCUGCUGAAUGAUCCCAACUCCAUCUACCCAGUCUCGCUGCCCUCUGAGCACUGCGACCAGGUCAGCAUCAUAGCAGACCACAGGACUGAGGAGGAGGAGGAGGAGGAAGGAGGUUGCAGCACACAGCCUGAUACCUCACAGGAGGGGGGAUAGGAGGAGCAGGAGGAGGUGGGAUGCACUUUAAAGACUCUGAGAAUCGGCCUCUGACUGUGAGGUUUUAGAGCUGUGAACUCUGCAGCAGUGAAGUGAUGAAGACGAGCAAGAACAGGUGAAGCUGGCCCAGGUGAAGCUGGCCCAGGUGAAGCUGGCCCAGGUGAAGCUGGCCCAGGUGAAGCUGACCCAGGUGAAGCUGACCCAGGUGUCACGCUGCUCAAACUGAAGUGAGAGCGUGGACCCUGAAGCUGUUCCCACUGUCACAGGUUGCUGUUUAUGCUUUAAUAGUUUAUUCAUGUCAAUGUAAAUGUUUUGUUUUCUACUGGUUUUUUUAAUGGUUUUAAUGGUCGGAGGUUAACCGAAGCCUCUGCUGUUCCUGCUCAUAGGAACCAGGUGACCCGAUGCUGGGCUGGCCUGAGACAAUCUGGGUCUUUUGGACUGCUUUCAGUCCAGUUUAAUUACGUGUUCAGUAACUGGAUUACAACAUAACUACAUGUGAAGGUGUAGCCCUGCAGGCUGUGUGUUUGGGUGUAGUAAUAACUGACGUGGGGAUGAGGUUGGCUUGGGUUUGCCACCAGCUGCUGUGAGACCUCGCCGUCCUCUGCUGUAUCCAGCGGGUUCACCUUGGAUCUCCACCAGGCAGGAUUCGGGCCGUCCAGCAGAAUUUAUGAUGAAGAAGUGUGAACACUGUAAAUACUCUGAUUUAUUUCUAAUAAAAGUCUUUGUGACGUAUGAAAUGCUUCUGAUUGUGCUUCGCUACAGAAACACGUGAAACAUCGUUUUAAAUCAGACUCAAACUUGGCUGCUGGUGUUCCAGAUCAACUGGCGUUGGUCAAACAGAUGUGUGGUAGGCUUGCUUUUCAGGAGCCACUACCAACAAACCAGCAAAUAAACACCAAAGUUUCAGAGCUCAUCACAGCACAGAAACAGCUUUAGUGAAGGUUACAAAUGAUCUUCUUAUGGCCUCUGACAGUGGACUCAUCUCUGUGCUUGUCCUGCUAGACCUCAGUGCAGCGUUCGAUACUGUCGACCAUAAUAUCCUAUUAGAGCGAUUAGAACACGCUGUAGGUAUUACAGGUACUGCACUGCAGUGGUUUGUAUCAUAUCUAUCUAAUAGACUCCAAUUUGUGCAUGUAAAUGGAGAGUCCUCUUCACACACUGAGGUUAAUUAUGGAGUUCCUCAAGGUUCAGUGCUAGGACCAAUUCUGUUUACAUUAUACAUGCUUCCCUUAGGCAGCAUCAUUAGAAGACAUAGCAUACAUUUUCACUGCUAUGCAGAUGACACCCAGCUCUAUCUGUCCAUGAAGCCAGAUAACACACACCAAUUAGUUAAACUGCAGAAAUGUCUUAAAGACAUAAAGACCUGGAUGGCCGCUAACUUUCUGCUUCUUAAUUCAGAUAAAACUGAGGUUAUUAUACUCGGCCCUGAAAAUCUUAGAAAUAUGGUAUCUAACCAGAUUCUUACUCUGGAUGGCAUUACCUUGGCCUCCAGUAACACUGUGAGGAACCUUGGAGUCAUUUUUGACCAGGACAUGUCCUUCAAUGCACAUAUUAAACAAAUAUGUAAGACUGCUUUCUUCCAUUUGUGCAACAUCUCUAAAGUUAGAAAUUUUAGGGAUUCCCAUGAUGCAUUGAGUUUUCCUUUCCAGUCAUCUUUCUCACUCACUAUGUGUUAACAGACCUCUCUGCAUUGAAUCAUACCUGUUAUUAAUCUCUGUCUCUC